AUGGCUCGGCGUCGGCCUCCGCGCGCUGCGCAGGGCGAGGAGACACGCGCGAAGGAACCGGAGGAAGGCCUCGAAGAGCUGAGAGAGCAGAGCCAAGGCGGCGUCUCUUCGUCUUCCUCUCGCACGGCUCCUGCUGCCUCUUCAACUUCUCUCCCCAGCGAGGAGCCACGAUGCCUCGGGGCGCAGACGGACUACGCAGACGCCCGCAGAGAGACACAGUCUGAAACUCGCGAGGAAGGGCUCGAGGAGGGGUGCGGCGUCGCUCCCGAUCCCGACGAUGCAGAAUCGAACAGUGUAGUAAGUCCGUGUCUUUCGCCGACACAGUCUGAGCGUUUCGGCGGUGAAACCGACAAAGGGGGAGAGGACGAAGCAGCAGAGAGACGCAUAAAGAGAAGAGAAGAGAAAAGAGAGGAGAAACGAGAGCGCAGCAUUCGAUCUGGCGUGCCUCACCGCCAUGGCUCGCGAAAGAGUGCCUCUCGCUCGUCUUCUCCGCCGUCCUCUUCUGCGGUGUACGACGCGAGCCCGUUUUGUCCUCUCCCGGGGGACUUUGCUUUGCCAGAAUGCCGCAUGCAAGGGGCGUCUUUCGUCUCGCCGUUUCCUUCGUCGUCUUCGCUUCUAGCUUCGUCCUCUUUGUCUUCUCUCCCGCCACCGGCGGGCGCUUCGUUCUCGCUGCCUUCCUCGCCCGCCUUGUCGCCAUGCCUGUCUUCUUCUGCCUUCGGUCCGCUGUCGUCGGCGCCGCCUGGUGCGUCGGCCUCGGCGUCUUGCGAACUCUCUGCGAUUUGCGCUGGGGGCAGGGUCACCGCCGCGCCGUCCGCGCGGCCGCUUCGGAAGAUCUACCCCGACGAAGUCAAGUCGGCGCCCAGCGCGUACGUGACAGCCUCCUCGGCGAGCGUCUUUCUCCCUCCCUCGGCUCCGCGCUCUGCGGCGACCUCUCUGCCGGUGUCCGCCCUGCCCUCGGCGCUGCCGCCGUAUCAGGUCUUCGCCGAAGAGCCGCAGGAACCCCGGGCGGGCGAGUCGCCGCACGAGGCCGUUGCCUGGCGCGUCCCCUCCGACGGCGCGCGUCCCGAUGAGCCGCUCCUCGCAGCCCCCUGCCCGUGGCAGGCCUCGCCUUCUUCCUCUCCCCCCUCCUGCCCUCCGCGGGGCUCCUCGAGCUCAGCGUCGCCGGUCUCCUCGCGCGAGCCCUGCGCCGCAGGCUCCCCGCCGCGGCACCGCCCCUCCGUGACCUCCGCCUCCGCCUGGUUUUCGCGGUGGCGCUCGCGGCUCAGCUCCCAGGAGCCUCAGGAGGCGAUCCUCCCGUUCACACGUGGUCGCCCUUCCGACAUCCCGUUGCUGCACCAGUCGUCUAAGCGCCUAGCGACGCCCGACGGGCCGCCUCGCGUCCGGCGUCUCCGCAUCCUCGAAAUCUCCGGCGGAACCUGCCGCCGCCUUCUUCUGCAGACUUCAGAACUUCUCCGUCUGGUGCACUGCCACAAUCGGCGCGGCGCGAUGGAAGACGCAGCUGUCGGGGCGCUAAAGCUGCGCGACCUCCGGCAGGUUGUGGGCAGGUGUGCGGCGCAGCGCCCCAGCAUCGAAGUUCGGCGGAACUGCGUCCUGGUGAACCUCCCGUACGUGAAGUGCCUCAUCCUCUGCGAGCGAGUGCUGCUGCUGCCACUGGACUCCGAGAGCUCUUCGCCAGUCCCCGUUGCGUUUCUGCACUCUGCUCACGACGCGGGGUUCGGCAUGCGACCUUCCCGCGCCCAGGGCUCCACGCAGCCGCUCUCCUCGUCGCCCAUGUCCCCCUGCGCGUCCGCACGGCCCUCGGUGCUCUUCGCGCGGCCCAGCCCGGCAGGCGCCGGCCCGCCGCUGGGCUCUGGAGCCCAAGCGACCGCGGAAGGCCCGCGCGGAGACACCUCCUCCGGCGCCGUAGGGGCAACCCCGGGCCAGGGCGCAGGCGAAGACGAGGCGGAGGAGGCGCGCGGAGCAGAGCUGGACUGCGGGCGAAGCCGAAGGGCGGAGACAGACAGAAGCGAAGACCGAUGCGACGACGACACGAGGUACCGCCGGUCUGGCACCAGCUUGGCGCGACGGUGGCUGGCUCACACCCGCGAGCUCGCCCACGAGGAUCCCGCGGGCUGCGGAGAGAUUUCGCGGGUCGCGUCGUGCGGCGAGGGACACGGCGAUGCGUGUUUCACGUUUGGGUGCGACGACGACGAGAAAGACGCAUGCGAGCAGCGACUGGUUUCGAAGGUGCUGAGUCUCUCUGCGCGCCGCGCCUCUCUCCCUGAAGACGAGCCCUUCGAGUUCACGGCGCUCGAGGCCAUCCUUGUGCACGUGUGCGACGCGCUGAAGGGCGAACUGGAGCCCAUCGCGGUCGCCGCGACGACGCUGUUGCGCUUCAUCCAUGAACAGCCGAGCAGCACGCAGAAACUGCGCAAGGUUGGAGACCUCCGCCGGCGGCUGGGCGCAGUCAGGGACAAGACACGGGGCAUCGACCAGGCGCUGCGCGAGCUGCUGGACACCGAAGACGACCUCUGCCGCCUGGAGGUCAGCCGCUUCUGGGCUCACGAGAAAGAGUGGGAGCGGCCGUCGCGCAACGCGCACGCAGAGGACGUCGAGAUCCUGCUUGAGUGCUACGAACAAGAAAUCGAUGCGCUGCUCCAGUCCAUCAUUCGCAUAGACGAGGCGCUCGACGACGGGCUGCAGCUGAUGGAGCUGCAUUUGGCCUCGAUUCGCAACGCGUUUCUGAAGAGCGAACUCGCGCUCGACGUGAUUGGCGUGCUUUUUGCCGGCAUCGCGGCCUUCGCGGGAGUCUUCGGCAUGAACAUCCGCAGCGGCUGGGAAGACGCGCAGAGCACCUUUUGGUGGAUCGCUGCCGCCCUCUCCGCGCUCAGCCUCGUGACAGUGAUUCUCGUCUACAUCUGGUUCCGCAGGCAAAAACUCUAA